AUAAGAGUCGAAGUACAAGACCAACCUCGAAGAGUUUUUCUCCAGCAUUCAGAGAUCUGUCCUAAUCUCAAUCCACACGCGCCAAAGAACUUAUUUGUCCUAGUUGCUCAAGAUGGCUACGACAACAUCGACUAAGGUUCUGGUUCCACAGAUACCUAUUGCUCCAUACCAGGCAUCUCUUUUCACAGCCAUCAACACAUACGUCUACACAUACAUGUCCCAAUACGACAACUCGCACGACUACAGGCACAUUUUACGUGUCGUGUCGAAUGCGAACCGCAUCUUGCAAGACGAAAGCAAAACUGGACCAUCGACGACGUACGACACUACCAGCCUUUUCCUAGCAGCCCUUCUGCACGAUGUUGGAGACCACAAGUACGCAAAAUCUGGCGAAGACACCGAAAAUCAAGUCCGCAACAUCCUCCUUGACCAUGGCGCUAGCGCAGACCUCGCAGCAAAAGUCCAGACGAUUGUCAAGCACGUCGGUUACACUAACGAAGUACGCAAUCCACAAUCAGUCGUCGAUGUCCUCGCCCAGUACCCUGAGCUCGCGAUCGUGCAAGAUGCAGAUCGCCUUGAUGCCAUUGGUGCUGUUGGCAUUGGGCGGUGUUUCUCGUUCGGAGCGGCAAAGUUUCCGGAUCAGCCUAUGGGAAGGGCAAUUGAUCACUUUGAGGAGAAACUGUACAAGCUGGAGGGCAUGAUGAAGACGGAGAGUGGAAAGAGAAUGGCAAGAGGAAGAACAGAUGUGCUGAGGGAGUUUGCGAAAGAGUGGAGGGAGGAGGAGGCGUUAAGCUUCGAAGUGCGAUGAAUCAUUCCAAGGACAAAUACAUGGAAUUCGAUUGAAGAUCCGCGGUUUAAAACCUACAACGCCAAAAGAUAAUGAAACACAAAGGAAAAUUGCCGGCGU